ACUCGGAGAGGCUGAGGCAGGAGAAUGGCGUGAACCCGGGAGGGGGAGCUUGCAGUGAGCCGAGAUUGCGCCACUGCACUCCAGCCUGGGCGACAAAGCGAGACUCCGUCUCAAAAAAAAAAAAAAAAAAAAAAAAAAAGAAAGUGAGAAGUGGUCCAGGGCCAUCAGGGUAGCUCUUAGUGUCCUUAAAGCCUGUUCCUGCAAAGUGAAAAUCUUGGUUAUUGCUAUAACAUUCAAGGCCUCAAGCAUCUUAUCUAAGCCUUAAUAAACUAAGCUUUUUAGGAGACUUUGAGAAUACCUCUGUGCUAAACCCCUUGAAUUGUGGGUGUUCAUUGACCCAGCUCUCUACUGUGGUGUAAGUGAGGGGCUAGAUGAAUGACUGUGUUGUUAUGGACAGGACUUAUACAGGUUGAACAGCUUCAUGCCUGAAAAGUGUGGGCCAGGGCCGAAGAGGUGAAAUGUUAGCUGUUGGUGUGAGUAGGCCUACUUAGGUUAUUUAUUUUUUAUUUAUUUAUUUAUUUUUUUUUUAAGAUGGAGUCUCACUGUGUCGCCCAGGCUGAAGUGCAAUGGCACAAUCUCAGCUCACUGCAACCUCUGCCACCCAGGUUCAAGCGAUUCUCCUGCCUCAGCCUCCCGAGUAGCUGGGAUUACAGCACAUUCCACCCCGGUCAUCAGACAAAGGCACCUUCAGAGCUACCCCCUGCUCCUUCUCAGGCUCCAUCUGGCCUGAGCACCCUGCCCCAGCGAGUCCUCCGGAAAGAGCCUGUCACCCCAUCUGCACUUGUCCUUAUGAGCCGCUCCAAUGUCCAGCCCACAGCUGCCCCUGGCCAGAAGGUGGUGGAGAAUAGCAGUGGGACACCCAACAUGUUAACGCGGCACUUCACAAUUGAUGACUUUGAGAUUGGGCGUCCUCUGGGCAAAGGCAAGUUUGGAAACGUGUACUUGGCUCGGGAGAAGAAAAGCCAUUUCAUCGUGGCGCUCAAGGUCCUCUUCAAGUCCCAGAUAGAGAAGGAGGGCGUGGAGCAUCAGCUGCGCAGAGAGAUUGAAAUCCAGGCCCACCUGCACCAUCCCAACAUCCUGCGUCUCUACAACUAUUUUUAUGACCGGAGGAGGAUCUACUUGAUUCUAGAGUAUGCCCCCCGCGGGGAGCUCUACAAGGAGCUGCAGAAGAGCCGCACAUUUGACGAGCAGCGAACAGCCACGAUCAUGGAGGAGUUGGCAGAUGCUCUAAUGUACUGCCAUGGGAAGAAGGUGAUUCACAGAGACAUAAAGCCAGAAAAUCUGCUCUUAGGGCUCAAGGGAGAGCUGAAGAUUGCUGACUUCGGCUGGUCUGUGCAUGCGCCCUCCCUGAGGAGGAAGACAAUGUGUGGCACCCUGGACUACCUGCCCCCAGAGAUGAUUGAGGGGCGCAUGCACAACGAGAAGGUGGAUCUGUGGUGCAUUGGAGUGCUUUGCUAUGAGCUGCUGGUGGGGAACCCACCCUUUGAAAGUGCAUCACACAACGAGACUUAUCGGCGCAUCGUCAAGGUGGACCUAAAGUUCCCCGCUUCUGUGCCCACGGGAGCCCAGGACCUCAUCUCCAAACUGCUCAGGCAUAACCCCUCGGAACGGCUGCCCCUGGCCCAGGUCUCAGCCCACCCUUGGGUCCGGGCCAACUCUCGGAGGGUGCUGCCUCCCUCUGCCCUUCAAUCUGUCGCCUGAUGGUCCCUGUCAUUCACUCGGGUGUGUGUGUUUGUAUGUCUGUGUAUGUAUAGGGGAAAGAAGGGAUCCUGAACUGUUCCCUUAUCUGUCUUCUACCUCCUCCUUUGUUUAAUAAAGGCUGAAGCUUUUUGUACUGA